AUGGCUCCUGAGCUGCCCCGCAUUUUCUUGCUUCCUACUCACUUACAAGAGGAUGAGCGGCUCAAGUUGGAGGCGAAGAUACCUACCCUGACUCACGACUCUCAGGAAGCUGCUGUUAUUUUGGGGAAGAUAUCCAGACCAGAGCGCGCUCUUUUUGAGCUGAGGCGACUUAGGCUUGCGACAGAGCCGGUGGCUUAUGAGGAGGCCGCGGCAGAGGCAGGGCAGAACAGCAACCGUGAACGAGAUGAUGAUACGCAAGAGCUGCCGUCGAAACGUCCGAGACUAUCUGGAUCAAAGGCUUUGGAACCGCGAAACGAGGCAAGUGGCGAUGUCACUUCUGAUGAUGUGCUGAGACAGCCAAGAGAUGUUGUAUUGGUGCUUAAGCUGGCAUGGCUGUUGGAUUCUCUCGAGCAAGAUGCUGCGCUACCCGUUGAUGAUUAUCUGCUGUACCGAGGCCGCAAAUUGCCAUCUCAGCCGAAAAAGGAUACAACUCCUAAAACCUCUCCGUCAAGACAGAGGAUGAAGGGGCAUUCUCAUGCAGCCAGCCGAGCCUCAUCGGUGCUUGCUCGUGCUGCUGAGGACCAACAGAGAAUCAGCACCAGCCCGCAUUCGCCGCGGACAGCAAGACGGCGGACAGACUCUCCAAGCACCCCAAGUGGAAGAAAACGAGCUGAGCCGCCGACAUUGUACCGUGAGACAACUUCAGAGCAUGAUGCCCCCCUGCCGCCAAUUCCUGAUUUCCUUCAUACUACAUACUCCUGCGAAAGACCCUCUCUUGUCAACCCACCAAAUGCUGCGUUCAUCAAGGAGUUGAAGGCAGUUCGUACGUUGCGGCUUCUACAGGGAGAUCAAGUUGGUGUUAGGGCCUACUCUACGUCGAUAGCUUCCUUGGCUGCGUAUCCAUUUCUAAUAAAGCGACCACAGGAGAUAGAAAGGUUGCCAGGAUGUGGUGCCAAGAUUGCAAAGCUGUAUCAACAGUGGACAACUGAUGGGUGUACUGAAGAGACCAAAGCAGCUGCAGUCGACACCGAAUUAACUGUGCUGAGGAAGUUUUACGAUAUAUGGGGAGUUGCGGAUGUGACUGCUCGCCAUUUCUUUAAGAAGGGGUGGCGAGAUCUCGACGAUAUCGUAGAGCAUGAAUGGAGCUCGUUGAGCAGAGCGCAGCAGAUUGGUGUCAAAUACUAUGACGAUUUUCAGCUCAAGAUCCCUCGAGCAGAGACAGAAGCCAUCGCCAACACCAUUCUCACUCACGUCCGGCGAAUCGAUCCGGGCUUCCAAAUGGUAAUUGUUGGCAGCUAUCGGCGAGGCAAGCCUGAGAGCGGGGACGUUGACGUGAUCCUAAGCCAUCCCGAUGAAGCUCAAACACUCGACGUUGUUGAAAAGUUGAUCUACAGCCUGGAAAAGAGCUCUUUUAUCAAGCACACUCUGAGUGUAUGGACGCGAAAUAGCGAGCGUGGCCAGGCUCCCCUGCCAUGGCGUGGCCAGAAUCGCUCUGCCGGAUCGGGGUUUGAUACGCUGGACAAGGCAAUGGUAGUUUGGCAAGAGCCGAGAGACGACAAAGAAGAAGAAACUGCGGCACCGGCGCCUCACCGGAGAGUGGACAUCAUCAUCAGCCCUUGGAAGACGGCCGGGUGUGCAAUUCUUGGAUGGAGUGGGGAGACAACAUUCCAGCGAGACCUUCGACGCUACUGCAAGGUGAAGAUGGGUUUGAAGUUUGACAGCAGCGGCAUCCGGAGACGUGCAGACGGCUCGUGGGUGGACCUGGAGAGCUCCGAGCAAGGACCGGCGCCUGAUAUGGAAACGGCCGAGAGGCGCGUGUUUGAAGGGCUGGGGCUGGAGUGGCGGCCGCCGGCUGAGAGGUGUACGGGAUAACGAGGGCUAUGAACGGUUGAAUGCAAUUUACGACACAGCCAAUGAUCUGAUGAUGUUCUGUUCUCCAUGUCUUUCUCCCUUUACGAUAGCCGGGUCCUUCUCAGAGCUCCUCCGACAUCCGAACUAUACAUGGACUGGGGAAAACACAGGCAUGCAUUUCUUGUGCGUCACAGCGUGACUGAGAAUGAUUCAUUUGAAGACAAUAUUAUUAAUGUGCUUGAUAAGCAUGACAAUCAUUUGCGUAGGAUUGAGCUGAGGGCGAUGAUUGCGAAGCCUGAUGGCUUGAAGCCCGAAUGCCUGUGCUCAAAGCUGAAGCGAGGCGGACUUUUGGCGUUGAGCGGCGGACUUUGAGCAUCCCUUUUUCCUCACGGAUGCAGCUAGGCGCAUGGGUUACGUCUUAGUACGAGACUCGCUAAAGGAGCGGGAAGAAUGAAGAGGAAAAGUGGCUUUCAUAAGAACCAAGAGGGGCCAUUUUGAUAUUGG